UGUAAGGUUAUCUAAAUGCCUCUGCUUUCUGCAGCUAAAAUACCAUUUCCAUUGACUCAAAGGUUCAGGUCAAUGUUACAAAAUGGAAUUGACUUGAGUACCGUGGAUGUUAGUUAUGUCAGUAGUCGCUCAUGGUAUUUUCUCAAUCUGUUUGGAUUAAGAGGUUUAUUUAGUCUCAUACUGGGAGAAGACAAUGCCACUGAUGACACCCAGCGUAUGAUGCAAAUGAGUGGGUUUGGCUUUGAUCCAACAAGGGUAAAAUUUUAAGUUUUUUGCUGU